AUAAUUGUUAGAAACUUGCCAUAAAAGGUUAUUAAAUUGUUACCUUAUUAAUUUUUUUUAGUUCCUAUCAAUGGGUAUUACCCAUUAAGAAGUGUUCCAUAUAUAUAUAUAUAUCACUUCUAAAUUAUGUUAUACCCCUACUCAAAAUAAUUAAACCACAAGAAGUUUAGGAUAUUAUGGGCCAAUCCCUCCAAAAAAUUUCUUCCGGAAGUGAGCAGAAGAACAUAAAAAUAUCCACUAUCGAACGGUGCUAUAAAAAGCAUCUGGAAGCCAAAAAGGACCCUACCGUAGCCGAUUUCUAUCGGGCAGUAUGCCAAACUGUCGAAGAAAUCAACAAAGAAUUAGGUAACACUCAAAUUAAGAUACCCGCUGCUGAUGUAGUCCACAAGGCCUAUAUCCACGUUCAUGAUGAGCAGAAUAGUGGAGAAGUGACAGAGAUAACAAAGAUACAAUUUCAAACAAUCCUGAAAGAGAUACUGAAUAUAAGUCCAGGAUUGACAGGACUUGGAGGAGCUAAGGAUACGCUGAUUUACAUCUUUGGAGUUCCUAUUGCUACUUUGUUUAUAAAGCAGUCUUUGAUGCCACGUGCUAUUCGUAAUGACUUCUUUAUUCCAGGAGUCACUUCUGCUACAGUCUUUGUUCUUGCCAAGCUCAACAAGCUUUGAUUUGAUCAUCAUCUACCUAUUAAUAUAUUAUAUAUUCUGUUGAUAACAAUAAUAAUAAUUAAAAUUAAUAUAGGGAUAUAUAUACCUGGGUUUUUUCUAUCGGGCUCAUAAAAAAUGCCCUCUUCCUUGGAAACGAAUAAUCAUGAUCCAACGAUUAUAUAAAUUCAGACACUUGAAAUAUAAAUUUUCUAAAAAAAUUAGUAUGA